AUGUUUGAGGUCAGUGGUACCGACGGAAAGGCUCGCACUGGAACUCUGACUGCCAACCAGCACAGGGUUGCCACCCCGGCAGCCCUUCUGUACACCUUUAGAGGGUCCCCUCUGAGCCUCACGCCGGACUUGCUUGACUCCAUGGGGCCCGAAGCCCGCACACUGCACUUGGACGCCAGCCAAUUCCUGGAGAGCCCCGGGCCCGGCGUGCUGCGCAAGUUUGGCGCCGGCGCUCAUGAAUUCUUCGCGCUGCAGGGCUGCACGCUCAUUGCAUCCCCACGGGACCCGCUCACCUAUGGCAUCCAGCGCUGGAAGUCUGGUGCAGAUGACGGCAUCCGAGUCACCACUCACAGCGGCCAUCAUGACAUGCCCGUCGGCAGGUAUCUGGACGUGGUGAGCGCGCUCGCGCCAGACUACUUUGCAGCGCUGUCGGAUGAGGUGCCGAGCGCGAAAGGCAGCAGCGCAGUGCUGGCAUCCAUACAGGGCAGCGGCUACGACUUUGAGCGGCAGAGGUGCGCGGCGGAGGCUGCCAGCCGCCCGGGCGUCGCCGGCUUCUCAUUAGCCGGUCUGGGAACCGGGGAGUCGCGCGAAGAGCGCGCGGCCCUGAUGGAGGCCACAGUUGCUGAGCUGCCCAGCCACCUACCGCGAUUUCUCCUUGCCGGAGCAAGGACUCCAGAGGAUGCGCUGGAUGCAAUGACAGCCGGGGUGGAUGUCAUAGAUGGCAGCUACGCGGUGCGCGCAACAGCCGCCGGAGCUGCGCUGCUUCUGCGCGAGUGCGACAGGGGCCAAGCCGGCGCGCAUGCGCCGAUCCAGGCAGAGCAGACCCACAGCGUGCUGUCUCAGCCGGAGCCCACGUCGCGGCAUCAUCACCGGCUGGUCUGGGUGAAGGAGCAGGUAGACCCACCCCUGCCAGCAGCAGAGGCAGCAGAGGCAGAGCUCACAGCAGCCAGGCCUCUGAGGGCGCUUCUGCACUUGAGCGCAGUCAGCAAGCCGGUGCAGGGGCUGCCAGAGAGGCCCAGGAACAGGUUCAGGCGAGACACGAGGCCGCUCAGCCCGGGCUGCUCCUGCCACACAUGCCGCCGCCACACCCGUGCAUACAUCCACCACCUGCUCAAUGCCAAUGAGAUGCUCGCGCAGGUGCUCCUGGAGAUCCACAACUCGCAGAACUACUUGGGCUUCUUUGCUGAUGCCAGGCGGGCCAUUGUUGCUGGGACCUUUGCUGAAGACCGACUGGCAUUUCUGGAGCGCAGAGCCCUUUCUGGAUCUGCUACCUACAGCAACCGCAGCUUGACAACUGCUGGCUCUGUCUCAACUGAAGAGCGGGCGGACGAUGUGUUUGCACGUGCUGCUACGGUGCUGGAAGACGAGGUGACAGCCGAUGAGCCAGCAGCAGAGGCCAGCAUCAGUGAUCAAGCACCAGCGGAGGCAGCAGCUCCAGCUGAGACAGAGACGGACGAGGCUACAGCGGCAUCAGUCCACUUAGAUCCGGUCUGGGAGCAGUUCAACAGCCUGUGGUCGCAGUACUCGGACGUCCUCACCCAGAAGGGCUUCUUUGCAGACAGGCCUGAACAGACUGUGCCCAACAGCAAACGCUCUGAGAUUGGGGCCGUCAAGCGCGCCAGCCUGCAGGCUGCUCGUGAGCGCAUCGACAUCUUGUUCAGUGUGCCUGUCGACAAGUUGGUGACCCUGAGCAAGACUGAGCUGCCCUACGUUGACCGCAAGAUCGAGAACGCGAAGGAGCGGCUGGUGGCCACCUUUGUGGAGGGCACCGACCUGGGCGUGGGCAGGGGCGGGCAGGCCACGACGCAGGAUCUGGUGCGCAUGCUGCUGUGCGCGCGCGUCGCCUGCUCGCUUGACUCCAAGCGUGCCCAGGAACUCGUCGCAGUCGGCUCUGGGGUCGCCCCGCUGAAGCCAGAUUUCGUCAAGGCUGUGAACGCCCUCCUGCCGGACGUCAUCGCUGUGCUGGGUGCAGAGCCCGAGGAGGAGGCCCUCACCAAAGCCAAGGCGGCUCAGGAGGCGCGUGAGGCGGAGAUCGCCGCGCAGCCGCGCUCGCAGUACCCGGAGCGCCGCGACAACCGCGCCGGCUUCUUCCGCGAGAGGGAGACCGGCGGCGACUUCCGCCCAGGCGACUGGCUGUGCCCCGAGUGCAACGCGCAGAACUUUGCGCGCCGCACCGAGUGCUUCCGCUGCGACGCUGGAAGGCCGGAGGACGCGACCAGGUUUGGCGGCCAACAGCGCGGAGGGGACCGCUAUGUGCGCCGGGACCAGGAGCCCUUCGGCGAGCGCCGCACCUUCGAGGCCAGGGCCGGUGACUGGCCCUGUCCGGCGUGCAAUGCCAACAACUUUGCGCGCCGCACGGAGUGCUUCCAGUGCAACGAGCCCAGGCCUGAGAGCGCUGGCCCAGUGCCGGAGUCCCGCUUCAGUUCGGGCCCCCGCUACGGGCAGAGGGACAACUUCAGGGACGGGCCGAGGCGCGAGGCGCCCGCCAUGAAGCCAGGUGACUGGAUGUGCCCCGAGUGCAACGGCCACAACUUUGCCUCCAGGGCCGACUGCUUCCGCUGCAACUUCCCCAGGCCUGCGGAGGCCGGUCCUCCCCGCGGCGCCCGUGGCCCCUCAAGCGGAGGAUCCUCCAGCGGCUGGACCGAGCGCGACUCCUUCAAGCCCAGCGUGCCAGCCGACCUGGACUGGUGAAUGCAGUCAACAGGGUCAGAGGCUGUGACGGUCCCAGCACGCAAUUCGUUAAUUCACCGCGAGUGAGCCUUGAUUGCUCUCCAGGAGUGACAUGGCAGCUCCGACCCAGAAAGAAAAUCUCCGUUCCGGCCAUGGCCGUGUCUGCAUGCAUGAUGAUGUGUCUCCACCACGGAGCAUCGAACUCUGCCUUGUACUUCAGGCAACCUUUGGCUCCGUAAUAGAUCUUUGGCUUUGGCGACUUGUUUUGAGGAACAUGCGGCUUGCAUUUGGCAAUGUCUGGACUAGAAGAUUGGGUGUGACAUGCCGUGUGCAUUAUUGCAUAUCAGCACAGUGAUUUUAGCUCUAGUAGGGUACCAGCUGUUUGUUCUCCCUCCAGGAAAGGGCUCGAUACUUUGUGCACAGCGCUGGUACAAAUUUGAAUGCAUGCAUGUGAUCCCUCAUCUGUCAAGAUGGUCAACAUGACAGCGCUAUCAUAUCAAGCAGUGUCGAGGAAGAUUGACAAAAAAUAUCAAUCAUAUCUACAAUGCAUAUGUAAGGCGGGUCCAGCAGUCAUGUCACAAGGCCUGCAAUUCUAGUUCAGUCCAGAAUAACUUGUCCCAAGAUGUACGCAAUGCAAAUGUGCAUAGACGCCAAGAAACAGAAUAUCAAUAGCGGCUUUUGGAUGCAAAGCAAUACGCUAUUGACCAUGCAAAUCUGGGACUUCUCAGCACCUGGGGAAUCAAAAACCUGGCAUGCAAGACAACCAGACAAAUGGGCGCGUUCUAUUUAAAUACAUUACUCAGGGACUGACGGGCUGAUGUUCUCUGUGGUCUAUCUACUCGCUAUCUACAUCAAUACAUUGAAACUCUCAGAGUCUAGAAUGCAUAAAAACUGGUUAGCCAGGGCAUCACUGGUGAUGCUUCUUUGCGUCCAUGAGUAGGCGCUGUUGGUGCAAAUCACCAGCAAUGGCCAUAGCAGGUUUCUGGAGGGCGCUCCUGUAUGACCGCCAGGGCGGCCCGCAGCUGCUGAGUGAU